GGCUGUCAGGUUUUGGAUCAGUAUGAAAGGAAAAAACGAGUUAGUAACUUAAAACCUAUAAACUUUUGUCCAAGGGCCAAAACAUUUCAAGCCUUGUGACCCCUGAGGUUUCCUAGUAGUGAAAGCACUGGGGACGACUGGACCCCAGAUCUGGCACAGGCCCAGGAGAGAAUAUGUACGGUAAUUAUUGCCCCCUUCCUAAUUUUACAGAUAGGAUACUGAGGUCCCGCUGAUGUCUGCUUUCCAAGGUCCAGACUACAGCCCCAGACUACAGCCUCCAGAGGAGGGCCACCCACAUGCCUCACUCAACGCUGCCUGAGCUGGCUUCUCGCACCUGCAGCGCCGCCCUGGCGGUAGGGCAAGCGUAGAGACUCAAGGCCUUUCGGCGGGCCGCCGCGCAUGCUCCGUCCUGCGCGCAGCCUCCCGGCGCCAGGGGGCGCACUCCUCUCUCUGGCCCCGCCCCCGGAGCGGUUGGGAUUUGAAUCUCUGGCGGGCUGCGGCCAGAAGAACCGACCCCUCACUGGCAUGGAGAGAUGGGGCGCCAGCGGACGGUGCACAGUUCAAGAGCAGCGUGCCCGUUGGGAGCGGAAACGCGCCUGCACUGCCCGGGAGCUGCUGGAGACCGAGCGGCGCUACCAGGAACAGCUGGGGCUGGUGGCCACGUACUUCGUGGGGAUUCUGAGAGCCAAGGGCACCCUGAGACCAGCAGAACGUCAGGCCCUGUUUGGGCCCUGGGAGCUCAUUUACGGCGCCAGCCAAGAGCUGCUUCCCUACCUCGAAGGAGGGCACUGGGGACAGGGUCUGGAAAGCUUCUGCCCCCACCUGGAGCUCUACACCCAAUUUGCUGCGAAUGCAGAGAGGUCCCGGACCACCCUGCAGGAGCAACUAAUGAAAAACAAACGUUUCCGGAGGUUUGUGCGACUUCAGGAAGGCCGCCCUGAGUUUGGGAGCCUUCAUCUUCAGGACCUGCUCCCUCUGCCUCUGCAGAGGCUCCAGCAGUAUGAGAAUCUUGUUGUGGCUUUGGCUGAAAACACAGGUCCCAACAGCCCUGACCAGCAACAGCUCACACGGGCUGCCCGGCUGAUAAGUGAAACCGCCCAGAGAGUCUACAGCAUUGGUCAGAAACAGAAGAAUAACCAGCACCUCCGGCGUGUUCAGGCUUUGCUAAGUGGCCGCCAGGCAAAGGGGCUUACCUCAGGUCGCUGGUUCCUACGCCAGGGCUGGCUAUUGGUAGUGCCUCCCCAUGGGGAACCCCGGCCCCGAAUGUUCUUCCUCUUCUCCGAUGUGCUCCUCAUGGCCAAACCUCGAUCCCCACUGCACCUGCUGCAGAGUGGCACCUUUGCCUGCCGUGCCCUCUACCCCAUGGCACAGUGUCAACUCCACAGAGUCUUUGGCCACUCAGGAGGCCCUUGUGGUGGACUGCUCAGCCUGUCCUUUCCCCAUGAGAAGCUACUGCUUAUGUGCACAGACCAGGAGGAGCUGUUGCACUGGCACCACAGUUUGACUCUGGCCAUCAGCAGCCAGAAGAACUAGAAGAAUCUUAAUUCCAGAACCCAGUUUACUUGAGAAACAAGUCAAAGUCAGAGGAGUACAAAGAAAUCUUCAGUACUAACUAAACAAAACACACACAACACUUCAUGGUUGGAGAAGGGUCAUUUCGGGUUUGCUUGGGACCAAGCCGUGCCAGCUCAUCUGACCAGCCCUUGAGAAUCAGGAAACCAAGUCCCACCCUGGUGAAGCUCUGCUGAACCAGCCCCUUCAAUGCAGAUGAGGGAAUUUAGGACUGAUUAAGCUCAGUGCUGGGUCCCUGGGUGGUCGUUUAUCAGGACUGCAGCCUUGUAAACAUGGAUGUUUUUAUGUUGAAUACAGUUUCUGUAAUUUAUUUUCCCACUGCAUUUUAGUAAACAUUUUUUUUCUUCCCCUUUUUGGAAAGGCCUUUCUGUCUCAGCUCUGCAAUAAGGGAAAGAGAGGUGUUUGUGCCCUGAAGGCUGCCCUGCUGGUGGCCUCAGGAAUACAAGGAAAAGAGCUGGAGCUCCCUCUCUCUCUCAGCUCUCACACUGGAAAGUGGCCUCUUUUUAUCCUAAUAAGGGAAGCUUUUCAGGAAGGCCCAGUUGUUCUUGGGCACCUAGUAUGGGUGUGUAUAGGACCAGCUGGAAUAGAAAAAGCACACAGGAGUGUCCAGUCACAAGCACAGACUUUGUUUUACUAAACCUUCAGCGGUCAUUUCUCCUUGCCGGCGGGGGCUGUGACUGCAGCCCUUCCCACAGCCUUGCUGCAUCUUCUCCUUAGCCCCUGCUCCACUUCCCAAAGAGUAGCUAGGUUUCUUGUCUCUGUGCUCCAGUGUAGGGGCUCCUCCCAGGCCUGACUGUCACCAGCCUCCGCCGCCUCCUCUUCUAUACAUAAGUCCUCAGGAAAGGGUAGGCUGGCCUCUGUGAGGGGAAAGAUCAGGGAUAUUCCUAUCUCAGAGACUGUCUCCACCUCCACAAGACUCACACCACCCAACCCUUUACCUGGUUCUGGAACGUCCACACCCUUGUUUGGCUUGCUGUCAUUUAACAGCUGGUGGAUGGUCUGAAGCUUCAUAUUCAGAAGCUCUUGCUGGGCUCCAGCCAGGGUAGUCACACUGUAGAAAUAUCCACUCAGAGGCUAGCCGAUCUGUCGCCACCUUUUCCACCUAUCACAAAGCUCCCCUGGCCACAGGGUCACUGCUCUUCUUACCGCUCAAAAAGGGGGUCCAGCUGGGCCAUCAGAUUGUUCAGGUGUUGCUCUGUCUGGGCUAGCUGUUGUGUCAAAUGGGCCAGCUGUUGCUCUGGGGGUAAAGGAGAAAAGGAGAGCAAUGGUUAUUUGUAUCUUCUGUGGUCCUGUAAUCACCUACCAAAUACAGGCUUGUGCAAAACCCA